AUGAACCUUAUGCCAGUGCUGACCCUCCUGGGUGUCACGACUCUGCUACCCGGUGUACCAGCUCUGAGAUGCCAAAGCGGCAAAAUAGAGGCUGUGCGCAAUGCCUCCGAGCUGCCCCUUAAGUGGAACACCGACAAGGAAACUUGUGAGGUUGGUGACGGUUGCCAAGACCUGGUUAUGCUUCUGGAGAAUGGACCCCAAAUAAACUUGUUGAUCAGCAAGGGCUGUGUUAAGAUCGAGGACCAAGAGCCCCAGGUUACCUGGCUCAGGACCGGUCCUGGACUCUCUAUCGUCUCCUACAUCCGUGUGUGUCGCCAUAGUGACUUCUGCAAUGAUGUGUCCAGCACUAAAGUUCUUGGAGACCUACCCACACCCACAGUUCCAGGGACCCUGAGCUGCCCACUGUGCCUUUCCGAAGAUGGUUGUGAGAAUGCACCCAUGCAGGUCUGCCCCGCAGGCAGCACACACUGCUACAACGGAGUCCUCAGGCUCAGGGGAGACAACAUAAUUACCAAUCUGAAGGUGCAGGGCUGCAUGCCCCAACCAGACUGCAACCUGCUCAACGGCACCAAGGCCAUCGGGACCUUGGAUAUGAGUGAAAAGUGUGGUCUUCAGUUGGGUCCACAGGCUCUGGACUGCAACAGUGUGGCCUUAGACACUCUACGGAAUGUAUCAGAGCUGCACCUGAGCUGGACAACUGGCUGGAAAACCUGUGAGGCGGGCCAGGGGUGCCUUGAAACAUUGAUGCUAAUACAGAAUGGACAAGAAUUUCACAUGGUUCUCAGUAAGGGAUGUACUAGUGCUGCAAACAGAGAGGCUCAAAUCACCAGGCACAGAACAGGCCCUGGAAUCUCUAUCAUCACGUAUGUCCAUGUGUGCCGCCACAGGGACUUCUGUAAUGACCUGUCUACAACUGAAAAUCUUUGGACUCCAUCCCCUGACACAGUCCCAGGGACCCUGAGCUGCCCACACUGCCUGUCAACACGUGGCUGUGAACACGCACCCAUGCAGGUCUGCCCUGCAGGCAGCGCACACUGCUACAGUGGAGUCCUCAGACUCAGGGGAGGAGGGCUCAUCUCCUAUCUGAAGGUGCAGGGCUGCAUGUCCCAGCCAGGCUGUGACCUGCUCAACGGCACUCAGACAAUUGGACCCAUAGAUGUGCGUGAGGACUGCGGUCCUCAGUUAGAGGCUCUGAAAUGCCAGUAUGGAGCAUUGGAGAUCACAAGGAAUGUAUCACAGCCGCCUUUCCAUUGGACAGCUGGCCAGACAACCUGUGGUGUGGGUGAAGGCUGCCAAGACACGUUGAUGAUGAUAGAGAAUGGGGAGAUGGUGAGGUGGAUUGUCACAAAAGGCUGCACAACAGCUGAGGACCAAGAGGCCAAAGUCACGGAGCACAGGAAGGGCCCAGGGCUGUCUGUCACCUCCUACACCCGAGUGUGCCGCCUAGGAGACCUCUGCAAUUACCUGUCUACCACAGCCCCUCUUUGGACUCCACCCUCUGUGACAGCCCCAGGGACCUUGCGCUGCCCACUCUGCCUUUCCAAAGAUAGUUGUGAGAAUGCACCCAUGCAGGUCUGCCCCGCAGGCAGCACACACUGCUACAAUGGAGACGUCAGGCUCAGGAGAGGGGAGAUCAUCUCCAACCUGAGGGUGCAGGGUUGCAUAUCCCAGCCAGACUGCAACCUGCUCAACGGCACCCAGACAGUUGGACCCAUGGUUGUACGUGAGGAGUGCGGUCCUCAGCUAGACAGUGCUCUGACAUGUUACAAGGGGGUCAUGAUUAAGUUUGGCAGUAGCUUUGCUAAGGAAGCUGUCGAGUGGUCUGCUCUGUCAACCAAAGUGUGUGAACCUAAGGAGUUAUGUCAGGAGACGCUCCUCCUCAUAGACGUAGGACCAAGGACACUCCUCCUAGGGAGCAAAGGUUGCUCCGGCCGUGGGGCAGAGGACAACAGUGGUAUCUCCAUAUACUCCCGGCCCCCUGGAAUGCUGGUAGCUUCCUACACACGCUUCUGUUCCUCCAACCUGUGCAAUGAAGCCAGCAGCAGCAGCGUCCUGCUGAACUCCCUCCCUCGUCCAAAUGUCCCUCCCCCUGGAGACCUGCAGUGUCCGGUAUGUGUAGAGUUGUUUGCAUCCUGCUUUCAGAGCACCAACUUUGUCACCUGCCCUCAGGGGACCACUCGCUGUUAUAAAGGGGACCUUGUGCUCCAGGGAGGUGGAGUGUCUUCCAAACUGAGCCUUCAGGGAUGCAUGUCCUCACCUGACAAAAGCUUACUGGGUGGCUCUAGAACAAUCGGGAUCUUUUCCACAAAAGAACUCUCUGAGGAUGAAGAGAGAAAUGAUCAAAAGCCUCUGGGUGGAGGUGCCUCGGCCUCUUCCCUGGCUUGGGUGUUAGGGCUGGGGCUCUUCUUAGCCCUUUGUUUGUAG